GGGCCUGAGGUAAGAAGCGGAGAUGUGCCUCAGCCUAUUCUGCUCAAGGAAGGGCAGGAGUUCAAUUUUACGAUCAAAAGAGGAGUUAGCUCUGAAGAUACCGUUAGUGUAAAUUAUGACGACUUUGUGAAUGAUGUGGAAGUAGGUGACAUUCUUUUGGUUGAUGGAGGGAUGAUGUCUCUAGCUGUGAGAUCAAAAACUGUCGACACAGUCAAGUGUGAAGUAAUUGAUGGUGGAGAAUUAAAAUCGAGGCGUCAUUUGAACGUCCGUGGCAAAAGUGCUACACUGCCUUCCAUAACAGAGAAGGACUGGGAAGAUAUCAAGUUUGGUGUGGACCACAAAGUUGAUUUCUAUGCAGUUUCAUUUGUGAAAGAUGCUAAAGUGGUGCAUGAAUUGAAGGAUUAUCUCAAAAGAUGCAAUGCAGACAUACAUGUGAUUGUUAAAAUAGAAAGUGCGGACUCGAUACAAAAUCUUCAUUCCAUAAUUUCUGCUUCAGAUGGGGCAAUGGUUGCUCGUGGAGACCUUGGUGCUGAGCUUCCAAUUGAGGAAGUUCCUUUGCUGCAGGAAGAGAUUAUAAAUAGGUGUAGAAGCAUGGAGAAACCGGUGAUUGUGGCAACAAACAUGUUAGAGAGCAUGAUAAACCAUCCAACACCGACAAGAGCAGAAGUUUCUGACAUUGCAAUAGCUGUCCGGGAAGGUGCUGAUGCUAUUAUGUUAUCGGGUGAAACUGCUCAUGGGAAGUAUCCACUGAAAGCUGUUAAAGUGAUGCAUACUGUGGCAUGGAGGACUGAAUCAACCCAAUCAACCAGCAAUAACCAACCUGUUCUUCCUAGCGCUGUUCAGGCUGCAAUCUGUGGGGAGUUUUCUCAACGCCACAUGAGUGCCAUGUUUGCAGCACAUGCAACCACAAUGGCAAACACCCUAGGCACACCUAUCAUUGUUUUCACACAAACUGGUUCCAUGGCUAUACUUCUUAGCCACUAUCGGCCUUCUUCUACUAUCUUUGCAUUUACAAAUGAAGAAAGGAUCAAGCAGAGAUUGGCACUUUAUCAUGGUGUCUUGCCAAUACAUAUGCAGUUCUCAAAUGAUGCAGAAGAGACAUUCUCUAGGGCAAUAAAGUAUUUGCUGGACAGGAAAUAUCUGGAGAAGGAAGAAUAUGUUACUCUUGUUCAAAGUGGAAUACACUCAAUCUGGCGACAGGAAUCAACACAUCACAUUCAAGUCCGCAAGGUCCAAGGCUGAUAUGCAUUUGUUGAAAUAAGAAUUCUUUUAGUGAGUUUACUCAUAGCUAAUUAUAAGUUAAAUGGUUAUUUUGUUGCAAAAUGUACUGAUUAGCAACUGUUCUUUGAUCUUCAUCUAGAUUGUAUUAAUUGAUUUACUUAAUAAUCAAUGUGUUUUACUACAUUAGAGACUUUGUUCUUGAUUGAAACUAAUUUUGAAAGUUUAGUUGAAAGAAUUUUUUUUUCUUUAAGUUA